UUAUUCCUGGCGGUCAAAACUGUUGGUGAUGCUGUCAGUUCAUAUGGCAAACGCUACUGUACAGUAGGCUAUCUGGUUAAAGAAUAAAGAGAUGUGGCAGUUCGAGGACAGUGCUUUUUUUUAUCAGGAGAAAUUUCCGGCGAAUGCACAGUCACCGUUUUACGGAAUAUGAAAAUACAUGGAGUCAUGUGAGAUCCAUACGUUUUCUCCCACAGUUGGCAGGCAGGUAUUUUCCUACAGCCAGGCGUCGCACUGGGAAAGCAUCAUUUCAUUUACCGCCGCUGGUUGGUGAUUUAGCAUGAAUGCUAGCUAACGUACUAAUGUACAACACGCAUGUUUAUAUCAAUAGAAGCAACGUUAACGGGCAGGGUUAGAGGCUUUUUUUAAUGUCACGAAUUGCUGUUACCCGCCUCAUGGGGAGUAACGUUACACACACGUCCCUCCAUAAGUCAAAACACCCAGGCAUAAACUCUGAAGUGACUGUUACGUGCUAGCUGACAUUUCCUAAAUCGUUGUGAAAAGAAAAAGCAGGGACAACGCACAUUUCAGUUUUUUCUUUGAAGUGUGGUGCACCCUUUAUCCUGCGUUUUGGCUAGUAGGCAGACGGUAGACGGAGCAGAGAGUGUUAACCCAGGCUGCCCUCAGUCCUGACAGCUCCUCACCGUGAGACACUAUACCAGCUUUUCUACACACCCUUCCUCGGACUGUGAGGACUUCACGGCUUGGUGUCCACCCGUCUGUCUCCAGUAGUGCAUUGUAACCCGUCUGUCUGUGAGAGGCUGUUUGGACCAGCACUGAAUCAGACAUGACAAGGCACGUCUGUGGUCUGCCAGCUCUUCAGCUAAAGGAUGUUUUUUUUAAGUGGACCCAGACAGAAGUAAUACACAACCUCAGGAAAGAACUUUUUGACCAUGCACAGAAGACUGAACUGGAAGCCUUAGCGAGAGUCAAGUUUACACAGAGUCAGCCAUGCCUAUCAGAAAAAAAGACACAGCUCGAGCCCUGGGGCUUUUGGAGGAGUACUGCACUAAACUGAGGAAGCCGGAGGAGCAGCAGCUCAAAACUGCCAUUCAGAGAGUAAUGGGGAUUUUCAAAAGCAACCUGUUUAAAGCUCUUCUUGAUAUCCAGGAGUUCUAUGAAGUGACGCUACUAAACACACAGAAGAGCUGCGAGCAAAAGCUGGAGGAGGUCAACCACAUGGCAGACAAGUGGGAGAGUGUUUCAAUACAAAAAUCUGAGCUUGCACACUCUGCCUGUCCAGUGGAGGAGCAGAGGGAGCAGAGCAGCUCAGAACCCAGUGGAAUGGACCAAGGGGAGAGCAGUGCCAAAACCUCUGAGAACAGGCCACCGGCAGUACAGGGGUCACCCCACAACGGCCAGCCCCCACCCUGCAUGAACCCUGCCUUGAUGAACGCUCCCUGGCAGUACCACUACCAAGAAGACGACUCACCGCCUCUAGACCAGGGAUUCCCACGGCUCACCAACGAGGUGCGCGCCCCUGAGCUUGUGCACGUGUCCGAGAAGAACCUGUCUGAGAUCGAGAAUGUGCACGGCUACGUGUCCCAUUCCCACAUCUCUCCUCUCAAGCCUGCACUGGUUACCCGUUUUGAUCUUGCAUACCCAGGUGUGACCACAACAAACUACAUGGCCAGCCCUGCCCCGAUAAUCGUCAACACAGACACUUUGGAGUCAGUUCCUUAUGUCAAUGGCACAGAAAUUGAAUAUGAGUUUGAGGAAAUCACUCUAGAGCGGGGUAACUCAGGGUUGGGCUUUAGCAUUGCCGGAGGGACAGAUAAUCCACACAUCGGUGACGACCCCGGCAUCUUCAUCACCAAGAUCAUCCCUGGAGGAGCUGCAGCAGAGGAUGGACGCCUGAGAGUAAACGACUGCAUCCUGCGGGUGAAUGAUGCAGAUGUGUCGGAAGUUUCUCACAGUAAGGCAGUAGAAGCCCUGAAGGUUGCAGGUUCUAUUGUCCGGCUGUAUGUGCGGCGCCGCAGGCCAAUGCUGGAGACCAUCAUUGAGAUCAAACUCAUCAAAGGACCAAAAGGGCUUGGCUUCAGUAUUGCAGGUGGAGUUGGAAACCAGCACAUCCCUGGUGACAACAGCAUAUACGUCACCAAGAUAAUUGAUGGCGGGGCAGCGCAAAAGGAUGGCCGGCUACAAGUUGGAGACAGGUUGUUAAUGGUAAACAACUACAGUCUGGAGGAAGUGUCUCAUGAAGAGGCUGUGGCCAUUUUGAAGAAUACGUCAGACGUGGUCUACCUAAAGGUGGGAAAGCCCACCAGUGUCUACCUAUCAGAUCCCUAUGGGCCUCCUGAUAUCACACACUCUUUCUCUCCAGCCAUGGAUAAUCAUAUCUCUUCCCCCGUCGACAGUGGCACUCUGGAGUACAAGUCUGGUGUCCUCCCCAUCUCCCCCAGAAGUUAUUCCCCCCUCCCCAAGCACUUACUGGGGGAAGAGGAUAUAAACAGGUUGGAUGGUUUUUCCUUCUUACGAAAUCCCUCGCUAGAUGACGGGGAGGGUCACAGGUUUGAUUCACAGCACUUCCAGUUGAGGCCUCCUGAGCCAGUUUACAGCACUGUGAACAAACUAUGUGAUAAAGCACCCUCCCCCCGACACUAUUCCCCAGUGGAGUGCGACAAAAGCCUCCUCCACUCCGCCCCCCUCCCAAGCUAUCACUUAAGCCUGUUCCCUGACACGGACAUCACCAGGGAACCCAGGAAGGUCGUGCUCCACAAAGGCUCCACAGGCCUGGGCUUCAACAUCGUGGGUGGUGAAGAUGGCGAGGGCAUCUUUGUCUCCUUCAUCCUGGCAGGAGGGCCUGCUGACCUGAGUGGAGAGCUGAGGAGAGGCGACCAGAUCUUAUCGGUAAAUGGCAUUGACCUACGAGGAGCCACACAUGAACAAGCAGCAGCAGCGCUGAAAGGAGCGGGACAGGUGGUUACCAUCAUUGCCCAGUACAGACCAGAAGAACUUGCUCUAUGCUCAACGCGACGGGCCCAUUCUCCUGCACCAGAGUACGGGCGUUUUGAGGCCAAAAUUCAUGACCUGCGGGAACAGAUGAUGAACCACAGCAUGAGCUCUGGGUCAGGAUCCCUGCGAACCAAUCAAAAGAGAUCGCUCUAUGUGAGGGCACUGUUUGACUAUGAGAAGUCAAAGGACAGCGGCCUCCCCAGCCAAGGACUCAGCUUCAGGUACGGGGACAUUCUCCAUGUCAUCAACGCCUCGGAUGAUGAGUGGUGGCAGGCCCGCCGUGUCACCCCACAUGGUGACAGUGAGGAAAUGGGUGUCAUCCCCAGCAAAAGACGGGUGGAAAGGAAAGAGCGGGCACGUCUAAAGACUGUGAAAUUCAAUGCCAAGCCAGGGUCAUUUGAUUCAAAAGGGUCAUUCAAUGACAAACGUAAAAAGAAUUUCAUCUUUACACGAAAGUUCCCAUUCUACAAGAACAAAGAGGGUGAGCAGGAUGGCAGUGAUUCAGACCGAAGUCAAGAGGACAUAAUUCUCUCAUAUGAACCUGUGAUGCGGCAAGAAAUUAAUUAUGCCAGACCCGUCAUAAUCCUUGGACCGAUGAAGGACAGAAUCAAUGAUGAUCUGAUAUCAGAGUUUCCAGACAAGUUUGGGUCUUGUGUGCCACCUGCUAACAGUUCAGGGCGCCAAGAUACCACUCGGCCGAAGAGGGACUACGAGGUGGACGGGCGAGACUACCACUUUGUGAUGUCCAGAGAGCAGAUGGAGAAGGACAUCCAAGAGCACAAGUUCAUUGAGGCGGGACAGUACAAUGAUAAUCUGUAUGGAACGAGUGUCCAGUCUGUGAAAUAUGUGGCUGAAAGGGGUAAACACUGCAUUCUGGAUGUGUCUGGAAAUGCCAUCAAACGACUACAAGUAGCACAACUCUAUCCCAUCGCCAUCUUCAUAAAACCUAAGUCUAUUGAUUCAUUAAUGGACAUGAAUAAGAGACUGACAGAGGAACAAGCCAGGAAGACGUUUGACAGGGCUAUGAAGCUGGAGCAGGAGUUUGGUGAAUUCUUCACAGCCCUGGUUCAAGGAGACACCUUAGAAGACAUUUAUAACCACUGCAAACAGGUCAUAGAGGAACAUUCAGGACCCUAUAUCUGGAUCCCCUCAAAGGAGAAACUAUAAUAACUCACCAUCCUGGAAGGGAGUCUGGACUGCUAGAAACUAGUAAUGAGUUGUAACUUAUGUUAACUGUAUGGCGAUGACAUUUUUUCAUAAAUAAUUAUUGUGAAUAUGUUUGUUUUGGUUUGUUUUGUUUGUUUUUUAUUCUUUUGUUUGGUUAUUGCUUAAUUUUUCACUCAACAUGAAUGUUCCUGAAUGUAUACUACAGAGUGUUAGGAAAUUCUAGGUCUUGAAACAUGAACCUUUUGUAUUGUGUAUUCGUUGAUUUUUAUUUGAACAAAAAGGAAAAGAAAUGUAAUGAAAACUAAAUAAAUAUGGGGUAUGUGUGCACACCAGGAAACUGGAGGUGGCAUAUACAGUGCAGAUUUCUUUGCUUUGCUAACAUAGGAAUGAAAGUAGGUAUUCCUCACCCUGCCUUCACACGGCAACAACUAGCAAAUUAUAGAAGUUUAAAUGACCAGUGUGUAGGAUUUAGUGGCAUCCAGGUUGCAGAUUGCAAAGAACUGAAUACCGCUCCCUUUCCAAGCCUGUAGGAGAACCUACGGUGGCCUUUGGUUACGUAGAAAUGCGAAAGGCCCUACCUAGAGCCAGUGUUUGGUUUGUCUGUUCUGGGCUACUGUAGAAACAUGUGCAACAUGGCAGAAAGAGAACUGGAUACAGUGUUGGAGGCGGGACUCUGUUCAUUCCUAUGAAAGCUGCUCCGUGGUGCAGGAAGCCAAAAACGUUCAACUUCCAUAUAUAAAAUUAUCCGGAUCUUCAGCAUAGCUUCCGCAUUGUGCGGCACCACAGGAGCAAGAGCACUAGUAAUCCUUUAACCCUGCCUCCCUGGAUCAAAUUCUGAUUCUGAAACAAAUCAUUUCACUGGCCUUGUGACACUCAAAGAAAUGUAUCCACCAUUUUACAUUAUACUUCUUUCAAAAUGUAAGUAUAUGGGGACAGUGUGCAUCACAUGACGGACGUGGAAAUUGUAAUUCAGUUUGGCCACAAAUUGGCUUCAGAGUCCGGCGCACUUCCUGGGGACUUGGGAAGAGGACCAGCUCCCCCUAAAUCCUACACACUGGACCUUUAAUGUUUAGUCUGAUUUUGCAUCUGUGCAUCUCCUGAACACAGCUUUGCUUUGUGCUUGUUUACAUCGUCAUUUCUUCCUUGAAUUACUGUAUUUAUUUCUCUGACAUGACAUUGAGGAUGUGUGAGGAAAAUGUAUUAUUCAAUGUCAGAUUUUCAUGUUUUGUUUAUUCAAAAGCAGACAUUACUCAUCCAGCUGUUGCAUUGACAAUGAUAAGUGAAAGGAGAAAGCUGCUCUCAGCAACAGAGAUGUAACACUAUAUUGUGCUACUUAAAUUGCUAGAGGGAACAAAAGCACAGAAUUAUUUAUUAUUGAAAAUCUAACUUUGAUUUAAAGGUCAUUUACAGAGCAUAUUUUAUUUGAGUGAUGAAGUAUGGUGUGACUGUGUUAGGAUGGAUGGGAAUAUUAUAAUGAAAGACACAUUUGAUGUUCACAGUAUUUUGUAGACUUGGAGUGGAGAUGGUGGUCAAAGUAGUGAUUAAAUUUAAUACUGAAACACAUUUCUGUCUUUUGACAGUAAUAGCAGGGCAGUGAAGAAUAGGAAUAAAAACAUAAAAAUUCCAAUACUUUUUGAAAGUAUAAAAAUAUCUGGCAGAAAAGGCAAAAACUAAGAAGGCUGAACAUGAAAGUAAAGUGAACGCAUAAAUUGCACAAAAUGCAGUGAAGUAUCAGAUAUUAAUAUUCUGUAUUAUGGAGUUAUUAAGGAUUUGAAAGACUAAAAAGGUGAGUUUUUCAACUUUACUCUGAAGAGAAUACUGAUUCAGAGGGCUUGUUCUCCUCAGGCAGGCUAUUCCAAAGUCUUAAUGAGAAACGUUCUCCAGUUCAUAUAUAAUUUCUAUACAAUAUCUUGGCGUUUUCCCAGACAGUGUUUCCCUGGUGACCUGCUAUGAAGGAAUAGUAACACGAAGCGGGAAUUUUGUACUGUAACUUUAAAAGAUACCCAAAUGAUUUGUCUAACUCAGACUGAUGAAGCCUAAUAUUAGUACACUUUUGAAUACAUUUUUGCCACAUUUUAUCACUUGUAUUGGAAGCUCAUUAAGAAGGAAUCUCUUAAUGGCCAGUAUGAAAAGGAGGAAUGUUUACAGCAAGCAAAACCUGUUUCAAUGUUCAUAUGGGCACCUGACUAUUGUUUUAAGACAGACUUGAAAAAUUGUGAACCUGUUAUUUCAUUGUUAGGUAUGAAAACAUUUAAACAUACUGAUUAUGGAUACAAAGUACAGUAUUAGUCAUUGGUGACCUCAGCCUGAAACACUAAUAUUGACCCUGAGGUGGCCUAUCAGUGAACCUUAGUGAUUACAUCUGUUGCCUCUGGUUCAAACAGAAAGCUGUAUUAAUAGCUACAAUCAUGGCUGACCUCUAAAUUGUGAGACAAUUACAAUCCACUGAACUACCCUUUUAACUUGCUCCCAAGCCAGAUCCGGUUUAAAAACCUUUAAAACCACCUUUAAAUGUUCAGCAGAACAUCUGACAGGACACCAAGGACUAUCCUGAAUCAGCUACAGAGAGCCAGGAGGCCUGAACUAAGCUUUCUCAGAUUUAUUCCUGUUUGUUUAGAAGUGGAUGAGUCCCGAUGUCCUGAGCAGACGCUUAACUGACCCAGCACGAUACAAUAUAUCCACUAUAUAGUUUACUCACCAGUGGCUUGCCUUGUUUGAAAGGGCAUACAAUAUAGUACCUCGCUUUGUUAAAAAUAAAAAAGUAAAAACCCGUUAUGUACUUAAAGCACUUAGAAUGACUAAUGCAUCUGCCAGUGUGAUAACCUUCCUGUUCUGUUUAACUGCAACGAUUUGUGAGUGAUACUGUAUAUGUUCUAGUAUUCCUGCUAUUUGAUUUAGACAGCAUGUUUCAACCAACCUGUUAUCAAGUAAAUAUAGUAGUUACAUUAAAUGCAGGUAUAUUUCUAAUCAAUGGAACAUUUCAAAAGUGCACUUACUCAUUGUUUUUGGUAACGAAAAGAGGCACUGUAUGAUAACAGUAAUGAAUACAAUUUUUAAAGCAAAUAUAAAUCAGAUCCACUGAUUAUUGUGUAAGAUGGCACAGUGAAACCUGAGAAGACUGAACCCUGACUUGUUUGUAUGGACCACAUACUGUACCUGUAUAGACUGAUAAGCACUUCAAACACACACCAUUACUGAAACGAGUGUGUACUUUGAAGAUGAAAAUUGUGUUUCUGUGUAGAUCAUAUUUUUCUUGUCCCGUGUCCUAAAUUGGCUGAUGGAAAAACAAAUAUUUUCAGCACUGAUAUGUGUAGAGCAACACUAGUGUUUCCUUUUAUUUUUGCAAUAUGUUUCAAGACAUAUAGAUCUGCCAUCAUUCUUUUGCAAAUUUUCCAUAACGUAUUGGUCACCACUUGCCUUAACAGAGUAGGUUUACUGUAUAUCAGAAAUGAAAGCUUAUAAAUGUACUAGAACAUUUUUAUUUAACCCUCCUUCACAUCUAAACUUCAGUGAAAGCAGGCUGAAUCAAAUCUAAGGUAUAUGUCAUGCAGAGGGUGUUGUUCUUGGGCUGAAGAGAUAUUUUAUAUUUUGGAAUUUUAUCUUAAAAAUUAGCGUUUCUCUAGCAACAAGAAAAACAUUUUAAAAUGGUCAAUGAUGAGACACCUCAAUAAUUGACCCUUGUUUUUCGAAAGUGUUGUUGGUCCUUAACAUGAUGACAUGUAAAAGAGAAUAUAUCUUCAUAUACUGGCUUGAUACUAAUGCUAAAUCUAAUACAGUACUUCCAAAGUUAUUGUGAACAUUGUAACACAUGAUAUUUUACAGGCCAGUGGGGAUUUUUGUGUGAAAAUGAAAAGGAUGUCGGACCUAUGCAUGUUGCAACAGUCUUCUGUUUCCUGUGGAUGUGCAAUAUUCAACACAACUGCUGGUACUGGUACUUGCUGUGUUUUAAGACAUGAUCAAACUGCAGAUUUGAAUCAUUCAACCAGACUUGUGUCUAUUUUAAACUUAAAUAAAAGCACUUGUAAGA